AAUGCUAUUCCCUUGAGGGUCGUAUUCUAUAUUCCAAAACACUCAUCUGAUUCCCCCAUUAGAUCCUUUCUCUUUUUGCCCCAAAGUCUCCUGUCUGCUCACAUUUCUUUUAAUAUCCAUCCAUCCCACACCCAUUGUUCCUCAGAUUCUAUCACCAUAUAUAUACUCGGGCUGUCUUUAACUUUUUUGUUAUUCUCAAACAUAUAUUCUUUCAUAUAGUACCUUCUUCCACUCUUGUGUAAUCCUCUGUCUCCUAUUACUUCAACUUGUCUGGUGGUGGUGGAGCUAUUUACCUAUCCCUUCAAAAUUUUCCCCUGACUUGGACUGGAGAGCCAGAUGCCUGGGACCAAGGAAUAGAAAUGGGGGCAGGGAAAAGAGGAGCAGAAAAUCGGAGUAAGUAGAAUUAAGAGCUAGUAUGGGAUGAAAUAAGAUGGAACUAUGAGGCAGGAAGGAGUCCUAAAUAGGAACUGAAUGCAUGAGUCCCCAAAGAAGAACGUGAGUUUGUGGUAAAAUAAGAGAUUUGGAGCUUGGCCAACAGCUAGGAUGCUUCCACUUCGUCUCUCCACCCCAGUCACUUAGGUUAAGUCAAUAUUUGUGUGUACUGGACCUAAGAGGCCCCCAGACUUGGCUCUUAUUUUUUCACAUCCCUGUCUUCCUCCCCUUCCCCCAUUCUUCUUCCUAAUUCGUUCAGUCCCCACGCCCACACACUCAAAGCCAACCCAUCUGGCUUUGAUUAUCCUGUUGCUGCUGGACUCAGCCGCUGCCUCUGUUUCAGGGACCCCGACAUCUCUUCCCCCUAGCCAUGCUGCCUCUUAUCCCACUCUUCGUCCUGGGGCCUUUAUUUACUUCCUUCACCCUGCUAUCCCUCACCCAGGCCCAGGGAGCUCCUGCCCAGAGCCCCAACUACACCAGACCCGUGUUCCUGUGUGGAGGGGAUGUGACCGGGGAAUCAGGCUACGUGGCAAGUGAGGGCUUCCCCAAUCACUAUCCCCCUAACAAGGAGUGCAUCUGGACAAUCAUGGUCCCCGAGGGGCAGACUGUUUUUCUUUCCUUCCGAGUCUUUGACUUGGAAUUGGAUCCCUCCUGCCGCUAUGAUUCCCUAGAGAUUUUUGCUGGGGCAGGGACAUCAGGCCAGCGUCUUGGACAUUUCUGUGGGACCUUCAGGCCAGGGCCUGUGGUUGCCCCUGGCAACCAGGUGACACUGAGGAUGAGGGCCGAUGAGGGGACAGGAGGACGAGGCUUCCUGCUGUGGUACAGUGGGCGGGCUACCAAUGGCAAUGGCACCCCCCCAGGUGCAAGGCGGAAAUGGGGCGCAGACCCACGGGUGGACUGGGCGGCGUGGGGUUACUGGGAUGAGCAUCAGUUCUGUGGGGGUCGGCUAGAGAAGCCCCAAGGUACCCUGACCACACCCAACUGGCCUGAAUCUGAUUACCCUCCUGGAGUCAGCUGUUCCUGGCUCAUCAUUGCUCCCCCAGAACAGGUGAUUUCUCUGACUUUUGGGAAAUUUGACCUGGAGCCAGACACUUAUUGCAGAUAUGAUUCAGUUAGCAUUUUCAAUGGAGCGCAAAGUGAUGAUUCAAAAAGAGUGGGGAAAUAUUGUGGGGACACUGCCCCGAGUUCCAUCACCUCAGAAGGAAAUGAACUCCUGGUCCAGUUUGUCUCUGAUCUCAGUGUCACUGCUGAUGGAUUUUUUGCCUCCUAUAAAGCCCAACCCAGAGGAGGUGGGAAGGAGGGGACUUUUUCCAUGGGGAACAACCAACCAGUCCCACCUUCUCCACAACCACUACCUAAAGUCAAACCUCCUACCAAACCCCAGGCCCCAGUCCAAGAGAACUUAAAACCUACCCUUGCCACAGAGUCCGAUACUCCUAAGACUACCUGCCCAAAACAGUGUAGAAGAACAGGCACUCUACAAAGCAACUUCUGUGCCAGUGACUUUGUGGUGACAGGGACAGUGAAGUCAAUGGUUCGAGGUCCUGGGGAAGGCAUCACUGUUACCAUCACCCUCACGGGUGUUUACAAGACAGGAGCUCUUGUCCUGUCUUCCACCUCCAUUGGAUCCCCACUUAAAUUGUAUGUACUCUGUCGGCAGUGUCCCCCAAUAAAGAAAGGGACUAGUUACUUGCUGAUGGGUAGUGUGGAUGAAGAAGGAAGAGCAGUCCUCCACCCCAACAGUUUUGUGGUCCUAUAUCGACCAAACCAGGACCAGAUCCUUACCAACAUGAGCAAAAAGAAGUGUCCUUCCCAGCUUCCAGCCAGGGCCUGAGAUGACCUGCACCAAAUUAUUACCUAAUUUCCUUCUUACCUCCAAACUUUCUCUAAUAAAUACAAAUAAAGUUCACCUAGACGAAGAAAAGAAA